UCAGAUCUUUUAAAUUUUUAAAUAAAUUAAAGCUUAUUCAGGAGCUUUCCGUCAUGACUCGCAAGAGCUUAUCUCUGGACAGCUCUUUUGAAGAGGUUGGGGAAUCAUCAGGCUUUACCAUUCAUGGAUUCGCCCAGAAGCAUCAGUUCAUCAUGGGUGUCAUAUUCUCAUUAAUAGCACUUGGAGUUUCCUCUGGCAUCAUUGGCCUGAUCGCGGCAACUCCUCACUCUAACACACCUUAUGGAUCGAUCGAGAGCUCCACCUCCGCCCAACCCUCGCUGUCCACCACACCGGAAACUACAAUAGCUCCAGAUGGAGAGUCGGCGCACGUCGGCAAAGUUGUCGCCCCUCUUCGCAGUGCCAUCGAUGUCUUAUUCCAUGGCAACGUAGCGGCCACAGGUGGUCACCUCAUCGAGCCUUGAUGUCCCCAGGGCUCUGUAUGCUCAAUGCUUCGUGGACCACAACACGCGAGUCCAAGUUUGAUAAUGAGGAUGUACGCUGGCGUGCAUAUUUUUGUUGUUGCGUCGUUGCAACUAACGUAGAUUCCCAAUUGCAAUACACGUGGGAGAAGAUUGCAUAAUGGCUUUGACUUGCUAUAGGUUGGUAAGACGGUUAAUAAUCUAGCGAGACUACUCAAGUUUCAAUAUUUUAUUAUUACUCAAGUUUAAAUAUUUGAGAUGCUACCAAAUACUAGUAUAAAAUUUCUUGUUUUCCCUCCAGAGCGAUAACAAUUGUUUUUAGAUUAGAGAUCAAAAAUACGAUCGCAAUACUUGGAUAUGAUCAAACGAUCAUAUCCAGGAUUGAUUUUAAGAGAGAAUAGAUACAAUGAAAACGUGAUAGCUCGUGCGAGGUCUGGCUAGAGGCUCAAUUUCAGUGCGGGAAUGCGAUAUGAUUUGACUUUUUUAUUAAAAAUAUUCAACGAAAAGAAUUUAAGA